AUGACCUUACGCGAGAACUUCAAGGCAACCAUGAGCGUCAUGCUGUUGGCGUUCUUAUCCGCGUUCAUUUUCACUGGCUUCUUCUCGCUCUACCUCCGCCAUUGCUCCCGCAGUUUUGGUGGCAGAAGCAACCCCAUCACCGCUGCCGUCGACAUCUGCCGCCGCGGAUUCAACCGGGAAGUGAUCAACAGGUGCCCCAUUUUGGUGUACUCGACGGUGAAGGAGCUGAAAAUGGGGAAAGGAGCGUUGGAAUGCGCAGUGUGUUUAAGCGAGUUUGAAGAGUGCGACAAGAUACGGUUACUGCCAAAGUGUCAUCAUGUUUUCCACCUUGAUUGCAUCGAUGGAUGGUUACUCUCUCACAUGAAUUGUCCUGUUUGUCGCGCUAAGCUCACCCAUGAUAGUGUCGACGACGUUGCCAUCCCUGUCAUCCCACCGCAACAAGAAUUGAGACAGAGCAGCAGCACGGCCGUUACCGUUGAAACAGAAAAUGAAACGGAAAUGGUUGUGGCACAGAGGGUUGUUAUUCCGUCACCUGAAUCGAGAAUGUUGUUGCCGAGGUCGCAUUCAACGGGUCAUUCUUUUGUGGGGCCUGAGGAGGACGUGGACAGGUACUCUCUGAGGUUGCCGGAACACGUGAGGAAGCAGCUUGCGGGGAGUGAGAGGGUGGUUUUUGAAGGCGUGUGGUGUUCGAAGAGUCACGAGGAGCGGUGGUCGUUGUCGAUGUCGAUGACUCCGCCGUUGGUUUCUAAUGGUGUUGUCGAUUCAGGUUUAAGGACUUGCUGGACUCCACUUAGAAUGUCGUUUAACAGGGCCCAGGGAACUCGGAAUAUUCCUCCCGUUUGA